AGCUAUUAGAAUUUUUCUGUUAAUUCUGCCUCUGUAUGGUGGCAUUGUUAUUGGUGCCAAGAGAAGAGAACAGCAACGUCUUCAAGAAAUUGUCAAGACGUGUGGAUUUGAAACCAUUACAAAGUUUCUCAAGGAAGAUUUACCACAGGCACAUGUUGUGCCAAAAGAAGAGAAUUUUUCUAUCGCUGUAUCUCGUAACGAGGAAGUGCUUAAGAAAUGUGAUUGGUGGGAGUUACCCGAAGGGCUCAUGUGCGCAUCAUGUUUGAAUCAGGUACCCAAUGUAUUUUCCACUAGAACAUUUGAUAAACGUGUGUGUAAAGCCUGUUAUAGGGGAAACUUUCCACAAACAUCGCAGGCACUAGAAGCUAAAUUAUCUAUGGUGAGAUAUCCUCCGUUCUCAACUAAAGGAGUAAACCACGUAGCUUUUGUAGGACGUCAGUCCAGAGGACAUUUCCUUACCGAAAAAAGUUUCGAUGGCUUAAAAUCAUUUGCUCGUGAAUGGAGUGAUUUCCCUUUUAGAUCAACAAAAAUACAAAACUGGGUGGGAUGCUUCGGUGCCAGAGGCUCUGGUUUGGCCACUUAUAGUGCAAUGCACGAAAAGUUGGAUAAGAAUCCGAACGGAAACACAUUCAUCCCGAUGUCCGAAUUGGUAAUCCGAUUAUGUGCCUUCCACAGACCAGGAUGUGACCACGUCACAAUUGUGUUUUACAAUUUCAAUUCAUUUUCAGUGAAGUCCCAAAAUUUGAUGGCAAUUCUUUCAGAUUUUGAAAAGGCAAAUGUCACUCUAAAAGAUGUGUCAUUCAUGUCUUAUGGGAAUUUGACAAAUUGUAAGGGCACUGUUUUUGCCCCAUUCGUGGUUGCUGGUGAUGAGAUGUCACGAAUUGUAAAGGAACGCCAAUUAACUGAUUGGAUUUCUUCGAUGAAAUUAGCAUGUAGCGCUCGAAUGUUUCCCUUAAGCUCGGGUCGAAACAAAGCCGCAUUUGACAAUGAAGAUGACGAGGACGCCCAGUGAAUGAAUAUAAUGAAGAUGACGCAAUAAUUCUUCAAUAUUUGAUUCAAUGCUAAUGCGGCCAUGUUGAAGCAGCUAUAAGUCCGCCAAGCUAUAAAUUUUUUUGUUUUCCCGUUUCAUUUGUGUUUUCCAGCUUUUGGAUACGAAGGCGAAUUUUUUGUGA